GAUUAGGAACUCCUGUUUUUCCGUGUCUGUUUUUUCGAUAGAAGAGCAGGGCUCAGGCCAAACAAUGAUAACAUUUGGGCAUUAAUUUUCUUUUCUUGCCUAUAGAUGAUCACAAAAGACAGGAAGGAAAGAAGCGUUGCCUCCGCACUGUAAUUCUAUGUUUAGAUGUUAAAACUGUCAUUAUAGAUGCUGUCUUCGAUUGAAAAACUGAUCUGACAAGGCCUAUUUCGGGACGUGCUCUGGUGAAGAACCAGGAAGGAUAGAUACCUGGUGGGCUGGGGUAAGGAAUCCAAGAACUGUGUAUUCUCUUCACCAUUUUACAAAAUGAGCCUGAUCAUACGUAAUUUGCAGAGAGCUAUUCCAAUCAAGAGAGUCCCACUUCGCAAGAAUAUAGAACACCUCCGUUCUAUUUUGGGUGUACAAAGGUUUGAUCUUGGUGUAAUCUGUGUUAGUAAUAUGUACAUACAGCGACUCAACAGAAUUUAUAGACAGAAGAAUAUCCCUACUGAUGUGUUAUCUUUUCCUUUUCAUGAGAAUCUGAAAGGUGGAGAGCUGCCCCAGCCUUGUAUUCAAGAUGACUACAAUUUGGGAGAUAUUUUUCUAGGAGUAGAAUAUAUUUAUCAACAGUGUGAGAAGAACCAGGAGGAUUGUAACAGUGUUCUUAUAGUGACAGUUGCCCAUGGCAUGUGCCACUUACUUGGUUAUAAACACAGUACAGAAGCAGACUGGCAACAAAUGUAUGAAAAAGAAACACAAAUUCUGCAGGAGCUAAGCAAACUGACAGGCACAAACUUUGAACCCCUGUCAAAACACCAUUUCUAGAUGUUGAUUUAUAUGCUGUUUCACCAAAAUAA